AUGGACGCCGACGAGAGAUUAACGGCCUUGAAGAAGGCUUAUGCCGAUAUAAUUUUGAACACCGCGAAAGAGGCGGCAGCGAGGAUCAUGGUGUCGGAGAGAAGAGCUCUUCGUUUUCAGCACGAGCUGUAUGUGGCAAAAGAAGAUGCUCUUCAGAUGCUACAGAGACUCAAACGGAUGAUGGAUUCUAAGAUUUGUGAAGCAGAGAUUGCAUCUUCGAGUCAGCAGAAAAAGAUAGAAGAACUUGAAGCACAACUUCAGGAAGCUGAGGACAUCGUCAGAGACCUCAGAGAAGAGUUAAGACAAGUGCAGGCUGAAUUGGAGAGGGAGUCAAACAACAAAAUACAUGUGGAUGAACAUGAUACGGCUACUACAGAGGAAACAUCGGAGGAUCACACACUCUAUACUUCUCAGUCUGUCAUAUUGCCUCAUUCGGAAUCACCCCGUGAAUCUGUCCUAGUUUCUGACCUGAGAAAUUUGAAUUUGAGUCCUGGAAAUGAGGUCAGUCAUGAUAUUCCCUCCUUAGUAUUAAGAAGCAAAGAGCCUGAGCUGUACAGAAAUGGCUGCACCCAGAGAAUUCGUGCAUAUGAGAGGAACUUGUUGAAUGGGGAAUUAAGUGUAAGUGAAUAUGAAGAAGGUAAGAGGAUCUGUACAACACCCACUUAUGUGGCUGACAAUAUGUGUACUACAGAGAAGAAAGGAGGGGUACUGACAGAUUCCAGAUUUGUCAGCUGGUACCAAGUUCAGGCUGGUAAGUGUUUUCGUAGAAAAAGGAAGAGAACUACCAGAUAUAAGAAAAACAGAACGCCCUCCUGGUGGUUUCUUCCUGAACAAGCUAUUAAGACGGACCAAACACCUGCUAUAACUUGUUUGAGAACUCAUCCAAAUUUGGUUAUUAACAAUGCUCAGUCCAUUGAACGACCCUCUCAGAUGGCCCCACAAUUAACCUCAGAUUCAACUCAAAUGAGCACGCGGCUGGGAUUUGCCAAAACUGAUGUAUGUGGUGGAGAUUGUGUUAAAGCUUGUGGUGUUCAAAGCACAAUAAACAAGGAUGAUAUAUUGACAGAUAAAUUGCCAAUGAGACAGGAAGUUGGAUCUACAGAGAUUUCAGAAGUUCCAGUUGGUAGAAUGAAUCUUGAUAAAGAUGAUGUGCCAUUAAUAAAUUCAAAUGGAUCAAAAGCUUCUGAUACAACCCAUACAAUUCAUAAUCAACCUUUGAAUGAUAGGAUUAUCAAGUACACAUUCCAAAGAAAGCGGAAAAAAGUGUCUUUUAGUGGCUCUGAUGGGAAUGCCUCUGUUGAAAAUAGCACUUUGAAGAGGACAGAGGAGAAACAACCUGGUUCAAUGGAGCCACAAAAGUCGAGCUUGAUAACAGAAUCAUCAAGGGACAGUCGGCGAUUGGCGCAGGUUGCUCGUCAGCUAAUAUCUUUAUCAGAGAAAAAAUGGUGGCAGUAAUCAUUUGGUAACUUCGUGCAUUCAAACAGUGAGGUCGUUGAACUUGGAAGGAGAGCAAAUCAAAAAGUCCUUUCAGCAAUGUAACUCUGAAUCCUGCGAAUGGCCAAUUGCUUUAUCAUGGGAGUUGUAGAUCCUUGAGUUGAUAAGUUAUGGGCAUUAUGUUGGAUAAGUCAUUAUCACUGUUGUAUUAUUUCGAUGUCUCUCUCCUUCAGAGGCCAUAAAAUGCUCAAAUUGACUGAUUUUUGGUGGUGGCUUCUACCAUUGAGUAGCUUUAUUGGGGAGUUUAUACUGUUUUAAUUAGGGCAUUCUCCUUCACUGGGCCAUAAGUUGUUGAAAUUGACUUAUUUUUAGGAGUAGUUUCCACCUUUGAGCGGGUUAUAUUGGGGAAGGAACGGUUAUAUAUAUGGUUACAUAUAUGCACAUAUAUAUAUAUAGCUUUACUGAGGUCAUCCGCAGGGAGCUCUGAAUUGUCUGUGUAAAGCUUGCAGAAAAUUGAGCAUGCGGGUUUAUCAAUUUUCGUCUAAUUACCUCUCUACUUAAUAUUGAAGAACAAACAAGAGAAGAUAUUGUAUCUCUUUGUUGCAGCUUCAAUUCUAGUUUGGAAUCACAGCUGGUGUUGCUUUUGUGCUGAUGAAUUGAAGGAAAACGGGAAGGAUUCGAAGAAUGGUGUGG